AUGACCUUGUCCAGCAAGCUUUGCGCACUCAGAGUCGCCCUCUGGGGCCCGCCUCCGGCUUCGGCCCUGGAGGCGAGACUGAUUCGCAAGAUCGACUUUCUCGUUCUCACUUUCACUUGUCUCAUGUAUUGGUCCAACUACCUCUCCCGCACCGGCUUCCAAUUCGCCUAUGUCUCCGGCAUGUCAGAGGAUCUCUCCUUCCAAGGGAACGACUACUCAAUAGCCAACACCCUCUUCACCGUCGGCUACGUCCUAGGCAUGAUACCCAAUAUCCUCGCUCUUCAAGUUGUUUCGCCCCACUACUGGCUGCCGGGGGCAGCCGCGCUAUGGGCAGGGCUGGCAAUGUGCCUCGCUGCGGCCAAGAACCCUGCGCAGGUGUUUGCGAUUCGUUUCUUGCAGGGGCUCGUGGAGGCAAGUACGUUUGCAGGCUCACAUUACAUCUUGGGAUCGUGGUACACGGAGACGGAGAUUGGCAAACGCAGCGGAAUAUUCGCCUCCUCUGCACAGCUUGGCAGUCUCUUCAGUGGAGUCAUCCAAGGGGGCAUCCAUACGAACAUGGACGGGUAUAGGGGCCUGCGCAGCUGGCAAUGGCAGUUCCUCCUUGAUGGCUUCAUUGGCAUUCCCAUUGCCCUCUAUGGAUUCAUCUUCUUUCCGGACGUGCCACGCAGGGCGAGAAAGUGGCUCUUGACGGAGGAGGAGCGCAAAUUGGCCAUCGAGCGUCUCCCUCGCCGCCAGCAAGUGAAGACGAGGAUGGGAUGGUCGCUCAUCAAGCGCGUGUUGGGCCGAUGGCACUGGUAUGCCUUUUCCGCAUUAUUUGCCUGGUCAAGUAUGCUCGAGUCCAUUGGCUCAAAUGGUCUCUUCGCCCUCUGGCUUCAGGCCGAGAGGUACCCGGUCAGGGAUCGCAACUACUGGCCUCUCGCUCUUCAAGCAGUCGCGAUCUCCUCGACUAUUAUCGCGGCGGCGGUCACAGAUCUACCCAGCAUCCCGCGCUGGACAGUCAAUCCCGUUAUGGCCGUCAGUCUGAUCUUCACUAGCAUCGUCCUCCUCAUAUGGACGGUCCCCUUCGGCCUAAAGUUCGCCGCCUUCACCAUAGGAGGGAUGGGCUACGCGGGACAGGCGACAAAUUUCUCGUGGGCAAACAUUGUCUGCGCCGGAGACGAGCAGGAGAGAGCUGUUGUGCUCGCCUCGAUGAACAUGUGGAGUAGUACGGUGCAGGCGUGGUGGAGCAUCGUCUUCUACCCGGCGACGGACGCCCCGCGCUUCCGUAGGGGAUGGAUCGCGAUGAUUUGCAUUGCGGUUGUGACGCUCUCAGUCAAGGCUCAUGAGCAGCCUGGCUUUCGUAGCACCCCUGCUGUGUCUCUUCAUCGCCGCUCCGAACGCGGCUGCUGCAACAUCGGUUCCAUCCCUCUUCGCAGGGGAUGA